AUGUAUUCUCUCACCUUAUAUGCAUUCUGCCUUCUUUUGGGGUGGGCAUUCUGGAAGCUGUUCGGCCUGUACUUCGUGAAGAGCCCCCUUGACAACAUCCCGGGUCCUAAGCGCACUUCUCUAUUCAAAGGAAAUACACAGGAGAUUUUCAACCGUCAUGGCCUUGAUUACCUUCAAAAACUCGGCGAGCAGUAUGGACAGGUCGUCAGAUAUCAUGCACCCCUCGGUGCACGCGGACUAUACGUGUUUGAUCCCAAGGCCCUGAGCCACAUUGUCGUCAAAGACCAAAUCUAUGAAGAGCCUCGAUGGUUUUUAAGGUUCAACUUGAUUCUGUUUGGGCCGGGGCUGGUCUCAACGCUUGGCGACCACCACCGUAAACAGCGCAAGCUCCUGAACCCGGCAUUCUCGACCGACCACAUGAGGCACAUGACGCCCAUCUUUUACAAUAUCACCCACACUCUGCGCGACACCGUGGCGGCAAAAGUUCAAGACACGCCGACCGAGGUGAACGUGCUGCACUGGUUGUCGCGCGGUGCUCUUGAGAUCGUCGGGCAGGGCGGCCUCGGCUUCUCCUUUGAUGCGUUCUCGGUGGACAAGCGCAACGCCUACGCCGAGGCGUUGCAAGAGCUCCCGCGGACUAUAUUCGCGCUGCACUUCUGGCGUGUGCUCCUCCCGUAUGUGAGUCUGAUCGUGCCAGCGAGCAUCCGCCGCGCUGCCGCGCCGUACCUCCCACACGCAGCGAUGCAACGCCUACGCCAGAUAAUCGAGACCAUGGACGAGCAGUCGCGGCGCAUAUAUGAGACUAAGAAGAUUCUGCUUGAGAAGGGCGACGACGCAGUGACGCACCAGAUGAGUGAGGGCCGAGACAUCCUCAGCAUCUUGAUGAAGGCCAACAGAGAAGCAAACGAGGAGGACAGGUUGCCUGAGGACGAGCUUAUUGCGCAGAUGACGACGAUAGUCCUGGCCGCGACAGACACCACAUCGAACGCGCUCGGCCGCAUCUUUCAUAUGCUCUCCGAGCACGAGGAGAUCCAGGGCAAGCUGCGUGCUGAGCUCUUCGAAGCGGGGAGCGACGGAGAAGACAUCCCGUACGACCAACUGGUCGACCUGCCGUACCUCGAUGCGGUCUGUCGCGAGACGCUACGACUACACCCGCCAGCGUCGUUUAUAAACCGAGAGACGCGACGAGACUCCAUUCUGCCACUCUCGGAUCCCAUCGAAGGCGAAGACGGCUCGCUCAUUACCGAGAUCGCUGUGCCCAAAGACACGCCGCUCAUGAUCGCCAUCCGCUCAAGCAACAGGAACAAGGCGCUCUGGGGUGAUGACGCACUCGAGUUCAAGCCCGAACGAUGGCUGGCACCGCUUCCUGACGCGCUGAGCAAUGCGCACGUGCCUGGCAUCUAUGCUAACCAGAUGACUUUCCUAGGCGGCGGCAGAGCAUGCAUCGGCUUCAAAUUCUCCCAGCUCGAGAUGAAGGUCGUCCUAGCAGUCAUGCUGCGCUCCUUCAAGUUUCUGCCUGGUGGCAAGGAGGUGCAUUGGAACCUUGCCCCCGUCAGCUACCCGACGGCCGGAAAGGACAGCGCGAAGCCCGAGUUAUACCUCAAGUUAGAGCCGGUAAAGGUGUGAAUGCAGAACGGGCUCGCGUUCAGCGACGUGUGACAGAUUGUGUUAAGACAUCUCA